CAAAAACCAUGUACUCCGUCUCCUAAUUUGCCAACCUUGCCAUGUGAAACCACAUGCCUUCCAAUUCCUUUCUUCUUCCAAAUCCUGACAUGAAUUGGUUUUACCUCAAAUAUUAAACACUACAUUAUUAACUACUAUUAAUGAUUAAACUAACAGCGAUUAACAUCUUCUUUCCUCCUUCAAUUCUUUUUAUUCCUCCCAAACACCCAUUAAUUGGCCAUUCUCCUAAAGAUUCUACAAGUCCCAGAAAAAAAAAUACAAACAGACACGAGAAAACAUGAAUAUCUCGGAACAAAACCUUUUCAACACGACCACUACAACCACGACUUGUUUGUUUUUUCUCUUGAUUUCGUUAUCUACUACUACUAUUUUCUUCUCCUCUGGUGACAGGGAAGCCGCCUCUGUUUUCCCUUUUAUAGCUGCCGCCGCUUUUGCCGCCGUUGUGGUGGCCGGACUCAUUGUCCUGGCCGUCAGAACCACCAUUGUGGCGUGGAUCACGGUGCUGGUACUCUUAGCUUUCGUCGGAAAGCGCCGCCGUGUUCUUGCUAAGGAUGGGAAGAAGAUUACAUCGGAGGUGGCAGUUUAUGUGGCUAAUGAAGUAAUUAAGGAGAAGGGAUUAGUUGCUAUCUCUGGAGUUCUUAUGAUUCUGGGUUUAAUGGCAUUGUUUUGAGCGCCUUAUCAUUAAUCUACUAUUAACUCUCACUAAUUAUAUUACAAAUUACAACUUUUAAUCCA